GUUCAGCGUACCACUGAAUAUGGAAUAAAUUCCCACGUCUUUUCUCACUUUGACUCGGAAUACAGUUGGGUAUCGCAUCGAUUAUACUCUCGCAUUCAAGGGAAAAUCAUUCCAUUCACAAGCAAUUGGAUGAGAGUCAUACUUGCCCUUGGCAACUAAAGAUGACGUUACUAUGGAAACGACUUGUGCUGCUAUCAAUCAUUGGCUGCCUAGCAGUAUUAUCAGCUCAAGCAGAAGAUACAAAGUUUCUUGGACCAAGUUGGAAAACUGAACCUGAAGACCAGAUACUGCCCAUCCAUUCUAUUGGACAAGAGGCUGUUCUAUCCUGUGAGGCAUCUGGGGUUCCUUCCCUUCAGUACAGAUGGUCUCUAAACGGAACUCUCAUUGAUCUUCGUGGUGACGAGAGGCGUCGCCUGUCUGGAGGUAACCUGAUCAUUACCGGUCUGGAUAGGGACCAAGACAGCGGUGUCUACCAGUGCACUGCCUCCAAUGCUCGGGGAACCAUCCUCAGCCAGAGAGCCACAAUAAAGUUUGCAUAUCUGGAGAACUUCAAAAUGCAGACAAGAAGUGCUGUCAAUGUGAGGGAAGGUCAAGGUGUCGUUUUGUUAUGUGGCACUCCGUUUCACUCUGGAGAGCUUACCUUCAGCUGGCUCUUCAAUGAGUACCCUCAAUUUGUCCAGCAAGAUAGUCGGCGCUUCAUAUCCCAGGAGACAGGGAAUCUCUACAUAGCAAAAGUGGAACCCUACGACGUAGGGAAUUAUACGUGUGUAGUUAAUAACAGUAUAACCAAGGAGCGGGUCUUCAGUUCGCCCACACCUUUAGUUCUGAGAAAUGACGGGGUGAUGGGAGAGUACGAGCCCAAAAUAGAGCUUCAUUUCCCAGACACCAUUCCAGCUGCGAAAGGGUCCACACUGAAACUGGAGUGCUUCGCCUUGGGAAAUCCAGUUCCGAGGAUCAGCUGGAGAAGAACCAGUGACGUUCCGUUUCCUAGCAAAGUCAAACUGAAGAAUUCUAACGCCAUUCUGGAGAUUCCAAGUUUCCAACAGGAAGACACGGGGACAUACGAGUGCAUAGCGGAAAACAGUCGAGGGAAGAAUGCUGCAAGGGGCCGUGUGUCUUUCCAUGCAACACCUCAGUGGCUACAGACGAUGACGGACACAGCCUUGUCCAUAGAAGAGCGUCUGUUUUGGGAGUGCAAAGCCAAUGGGAAACCAAAGCCGUCCUACAGCUGGCUGAAGAAUGGAGAAAAUCUAAUAUCUGAGGGACGAGUGCAAAUAGAGAAUGGCGCUCUCUCCAUCUCCUCAUUAAACCUUUCAGAUGGUGGGAUGUAUCAGUGUGUGGCGGAGAACAAGCACGGCAUCAUUUAUUCUGCUGCCGAACUGAUGGUGCUCGCCUCUUCUCCCAGUUUCUCACUGAAUCCUUUGAGCCGGGUGCUUAAGGCUCGCUCGGGCAGUGACAUUACUCUAGAUUGCAAACCACGUGCCUCACCCAGGGCCAUUAGCCUUUGGAAGAGGGGAAGUGAGAUAUUGCAGAAAAACGAAAGGAUUUCUCUCUUCCCCAAUGGGACUCUUAAGAUCGCCAACGUAACUAAGCGAGAUGGCGGUAGUUACACAUGCAUCGCUAAUAACCAGUUUGGGACUGCAAGCACGACAGGCAAACUGUUAAUUACCGAACCCACAAGGAUCAGCCAGGGACCAAGCAGCACAGAUAUCACAGUCGGGGAGAGCAUCGUGCUACCGUGCCAGGUGACUGCCGAUCCAGCCCUAGACCUGGCCUUCUCCUGGGCCUUCAAUGGUCAGCCUAUUGAUUUCCAUCAAGAUGAGGACCACUUUGAGAGGGUGGGAUGGAGCUUUUCUGGUGACCUUAUGAUUAGAAACAUCCAGCUUAAUCACGGUGGGAAAUACGUUUGCCUCAUUGAUACGGACGUGGAGAGCCUGUCUACUAACGCAAUAUUGGUUGUUAAAGGUCCCCCUAGUCCUCCAGACUUGGUGGUGGUGGAAGAGGUCACAGACAGCACAGCCCAGCUGUCUUGGAGCCUGGGCCAGGACAACGGAAGCCCAAUCACUGGAUACGUCAUCCAGACACGGACUCCCUUUACUGUGGGCUGGCAAGCAGUCGAUACAGUUCCUGAGGUGAUCAACGGGAACACUCUGACUGCAACAGUGGUGGGUUUGAAUGCCUGGGUCGAAUAUGAGUUCAGAGUGCUGGCCAGUAACAGUGUCGGGAUGGGAGAGCCCAGUCCACCAUCCACCAAAAUCAGAACAGAGGAUGCUAUGCCUGACACAGCUCCCACUGAUGUUGGAGGUGGUGGAGGAACCAAAUCGGAAUUAGUGAUAACGUGGGAUCCUGUUCCAGAGGAGUUGCAGAACGGGGAGGGCUUCGGUUACAUCAUUGCUUUUCGCCCUGUGGGCGCUGUCACUUGGACCCGUGCUGUGAUAUCUGCACCCAGUGUCACCCGCUAUGUUUUCCGCAAUGACACCAUCCCGCCAUUCUCACCUUUCAACGUCAAAGUGGGAGCGUUCAAUAACCGUGGAGAAGGACCAUUCAGUUCUAUUGCAACUGUGUUCACUGCAGAGGAAGUGCCUAGCGUAGGACCAGAGAAACUAUCUGCAAGAAGUCUGUCAGCAGCCGAUAUUGAAGUUACCUGGGAGCUAAUUCUGUCUACCCCUGAAAGAGUGCUCGGAUAUGAGGUGGUGUACUGGGAAGACGACACCAAGCCGGAUACAGUGGGUAAAGUGAGGAUCACUGGAAACUACACUUCAGUGAACGUUAGCAGCCUACAGGGGAACACGCAAUAUUAUCUGGCAGUAUGUGCCUUUAAUACUGCAGGAACCGGCCCUCAGUCUGUGCCUGUUAAUGUUACAACCAAAAAACCACCGCCUGGGCAGCCCCCUCAGAAUGUAGAGUGGAAUCUGAUCGGCUCUCAGCUCAUUCUGCAGUGGGAUCCAGUCAUAGCCCUUGAAACUGAAUCUGAGGUCACUGGAUACAUAGUGCUGUACCGAAGACACAGCAAUAAUAACAUGUACUCUGUCAUCACUAACAAAACCACAGUAGAGUUGACCCUCAACCCGCACGACAACUAUGUCAUUCAGAUCAAGACCCUUAGUGAAGGGGGGCUGGGUGAAGGAAGCGAACCCAUCCACAUCCACCAACUCAGCAUGGGUGCUCGAGGAUCCAAAGCAGGAAGGCUUUGUGCACUCUCUUUUUCUCCUCUUCUCAUCUGUGCUCUAUCAACGUUCAGUGCCUCCUGA